AUGCGACGCACCUCAUCAACCUCCUCUACCUACUCUCACAUCUCCGAUGCCUCAUCAUCCGGACUAGCUACCGAAAGCAGACCCACCUUAUCGCGCGCAUCGAGCAUCGGAUACUCGGAUGAUGGUUCCAUGACCUCUUCUUUCCGCACCCAUCACUCGUGCGCUUCUGCUUCCAUGGAAGGAAUUGACCUUCUCGGUGCACCCUCAUCUUCCACCGGCGCACUACCUCUGAGCGACCUAUACGAAACUUACGUCUCCUCUCGCAUAGACCUCGCAGGACGACAAUGGUCCGCCUUCUCCGGCAACAUGAGAUCGCGCGCCCGUAGACGUCGCGAACAACUCGUCAAAAAAGCCAAGUCCAAACGCGAGCUCCAACAAAUGGACGACGAACUCCGCAAAAUGCGUCUCAAAGUCUCCAAACGUAUCGAAAAUCUCCAACAGAAAUGGAUGGAUGCCAAAGUCGUACGACUCCGAGACAAGAUCUCCUUCGUUGUUGGGGUGCUGAAUCUGGUGGUCAGCUCGCUGGUAUUUGCGCUGAGACCGGAGUAUAUCCCGAUGGUGUAUUCGGCAUUGGCGUUGUACUUCUUGCCGUUGAGGGUUUGGUCGUACACGAGCAAGAAGUGGCAUUACUUUUUGUUUGACUUUUGUUACUUUUUGAAUGUAGCCAACUUGUUGUUCUUGUGGGUGUUUCCGGGGUCGGAGUUCUUGUUCACUGUGUGCUACUGCGCUGCGCAUGGUCCGUUAGCAUUCAGCGUUGCUACCUGGAGGAAUAGCUUGGUCUUCCACUCGCUCGAAAAAAUGACUUCGCUGUUCAUCCAUCUGUACCCGCCAUUCGUCUUUACAACCAUCACCCACUUCAUCCCUGAGGAUGUUGCAGUGGAACGAUAUCCCGCGCUGAAGAAUCUCAAGACGCUAAAUGGUUACACUGCGUUUUGGUUCAACGUAACCAUAUACCUGUUCUGGCAGCUGGUAUACUACGAACUCAUCGUGAUCCGCAAAAAAUCCAAAAUCGAAACCGGCGAACGCAUCAACUCCUACUCCACCAUGAGCAAAGGCAAGGGCCCAGUCGCCAACUUGCUCGGAAAAGCACCCGAAAAGCGAAGAGAACCUGCAUUUAUGCUCCUCCAAUUUGUCUACACCAUCAUAACAACCUUACCUGCGCCGCUGAUUCUAUAUCCUAGUCGAACAGCUUCAGCGGUUUUCUUCGCGGGGAUUUUCACCAUUAGUGUUUGGAACGGCGCUUCGUACUAUGUCGAAGUAUUCGGACGGAGAUUUGAGAAGGAAUUGUUACAGCUAAAGCGGGAAUUGGAAGCUAUGCAGAGGACCGAGUCAGUGCUUAAUAACAGUGGGUCUCCGCCGGCUGUUACGCCAGGGAUUGGGGAGGAGGGGAAGCAGUUGGGCGAGGAAGAAGGGGAGGUGGAGGUAAAAGAAAGUGAAGCUGCGGCCGCGGCUAGUGGGAUGCCUGAAGUCAGUGGUUUGGACGACGACAAGAAGGACAAAUAA